AUGGCUAACGCAUUAGAACAAUUAAAGUCUACCGGUACUGUUAUUGUCACCGAUACUGGUGAAUUUGAAUCAAUUGCCAAAUACACCCCACAAGAUGCUACCACCAAUCCAUCGUUGAUUUUGGCGGCUUCUAAGAAGGCUGAAUACGCCAAGUUGAUUGACAUUGCCAUUGACUACGCUCAAGAUAAGGGAUCCAAUCCUAAGGAAAAAGCUUCAAUUGCUUUAGAUCGUUUGUUGGUUGAAUUCGGUAAGGAAAUCUUGAAGAUUGUCCCUGGUAGAGUUUCUACCGAAGUUGACGCCAGAUUGUCUUUCAACAAGGACGCUACCAUCAAGAAGGCCAUUGAAAUCAUCAAGUUAUACGAAUCCGUUGGUAUUUCUAAGGACAGAAUCUUGAUCAAGAUUGCUUCCACGUGGGAAGGUAUCCAAGCUGCUAGAGAAUUAGAAUCCAAGCACGGAAUUCACUGUAACUUGACUUUAUUAUUCUCUUUCGUGCAAGCUGUUGCUUGUGCUGAAGCCAAGGUUACCUUGAUCUCUCCAUUCGUCGGUAGAAUCUUAGACUGGUUCAAGGCUUCCACUGGUAAGGAAUACGAUGGUGAAACCGACCCAGGUGUGAUCUCUGUCAGAAAGAUUUUCAACUACUACAAGAAAUACGGUUACGACACCAUUGUCAUGGGUGCUUCUUUCAGAAACACUGGUGAAAUUAAGGCUUUAGCGGGUUGUGAUUUCUUGACAAUCGCUCCAAAGUUAUUAGAAGAAUUGUACAACUCUAAUGAAGAUGUUCCAAAGAAAUUGGACUCUUCUUCUGCUAAUGCCACUGAUGAAGAAAAAGUCUCUUACAUCGAUAACGAAGCAGAAUUCAGAUACUUAUUUAAUGAAGAUGCUAUGGCUACCGAAAAAUUAUCAGAAGGUAUCAGAAACUUCGCUAAGGAUUGUGUCACCUUAUUGGAUCAAUUGGAAGCAAGAUUCAAAUAA